GGUUAGGAAAUCUUUACAUGACGACGUGAUGUUUUUAGCAAGGUCAUGGGUCAGUUGUUAUACAAAAUAUACAAAGCAAUCAAUAGGUUUCACUCACAAUUUCAAUACAUUUUUUUCUUAGCUAUUGCUUCAAUGAGCAAUACAAUCUACCAAGCAGGCAAUGAGAGAAAACAAUGCUCCUCAGCUGUUUUCUCCUCCCUUGACCUUUUCAGAGAGGUAUAAAAGAGAUUUAAACACAGCCAUCACAUAAUUAUCAAGAGCAAAAAGAAAAUUCAGAAGGUCAAUGAUGAACUAUUAUUCAAGCAUGAUUUUAAAACAUCUGUCACACGUGACGCCAUAACUUCCGGUCGGGAAAAGUUUCGAUUCUGCGCUGACCGCCUCUCUAGUUGACCUGAGGCUGCGCGGAUCUCAUGGCUGCCAUCUACCUCAGCCACUCGUGUGUUCUUAUUUUGAUGACUUUUAGUGUGAGCUAUUCGGGUGAAAGUUGUGAAGUGAACAUCCUCAGCCCAGUCGGGAAGACACAGAAAAUGUCUGUCAAUGACUGGUUUAAUGCGACGUUCAGCCUGGAUAAAUGUGGAGACCAAACAUAUCUUAUCACCGUAGAAAGAAAGGAACAAAAUCACCCAGUGAUUCUCUGUAGAAUACAUCACAACAAAAUGUGCAUCAAAACAAGUAAUCAAGCUAUAUACUCAUGUCGCUGUGUCAGUCCCUCGGGUCCUGUGGAAUUCUCGGAAAAACUGGUGAGACCUGGCAAUGUGGAGUACAGGUGGAGAUGGACUGACUUGACUUCAGGAAAAAAUAGCGAGAAGGAGAUGUUUGUUUUUGUCAUAGACAAGGAGUCGGUCAGCGGUAUGACGACAAUGAAGUUUGUUAUCAGUGCACUUUGUAGUUUCGUCCUCGUUGUAGUUGCUGUCAUUCUUCUUUCCACCUUCUGCAAGAAGCUACAGUUGCCAACAACAACUAAACACAGGAAGGUGCAGCUAACACCAUGGGGCUGCACACAACUGGGGCAACGGGACCAUAAUAAUCCACCUCCCGCCGUCACCGUAAGGAGCCGGGAAGAAAGCAGGUGUGAAAACCCAGUGAAUGUAGAAGAUGUCUAUGACAGAGCGAUCCACGAUCCCAGACGAAAUCCACCCGGACCCCGUCGGGUGGAACAGCAGGCGCAGAUGGAGAUGUUCACAAACGAGCUGUACGAGGAGAAAGCUUUGUAGAGUCCGUCAUUAGUUUCUCUGUUUGUUUGUUUGCUUGUUUGUUUGUUUGUUUGUUUGUUUGUUUGUUUGUUUGUUGUUUGUUUGUUUGUUUUGUUGUAGUUCCUUUGCUCAGUUUACGGAACUGAACAACAACAUAUGCUGACAGGUUCUUCUACACGUGUUGUGUACACCAGGUGUCGGAAUUUAGUAACUGUGAAAGACAUUCUCGUGUACAUCUGUUUCCAAGUAAAGAACUACUUAUUACAAUAUAGAUUCCAUGCACAAGAAAUAAAACUACAGGUAUGAAUAUAAUUAUAUUAUCAUCGACAAUGUGUAACCAGAUACAACCAGUCAGCUGUUCGUUCUUUACAUUUUGUACGGAUUGAAGUGGUUUGGUGACAGCAGAUCAGUAAAGUUUUUCUC